AUGAGUUCGGCCGUCGCGUCACGGCUAUCCUGGGGCCUCAUCCUCGCGUCAAUAGACUUCCUCGCCUGCCUCCUAUUCGCCUCUCUCCACAAUGGACCGUUCGCUCUUUCCAAUUUCACUUCACAGUUCUCCAAUUUUUCCUUCUUCACAAGGUGAGUGUCGGACGGGCGGUUCACUUAUUGAUUGAUUAAUCAGUACCAUCGACCUGUUCCUCCUCCAACUGAUUCGUUUUGCAUUAUGGAUGGUUCCUGCGGUCAUCCACACCGUCAACAAGGCCGAUACUUUGACCUACUGGAAAGAGGUAUUAUUUUUUAGGCCAACUAUCAUUUACAUUCUCCUUCGCUUCCUAGCCGAUCUUCUGUUCUUCUCUGCUCAUUUGUGCAGCCAGUCCGACCAAGUUGCUCUUGCUCACCGAAAAACUGAAGCCAGAUGAGUUUCUGGCAUUCGGAGACGCUUCCUUCCUCGUCUGGAACUUCAUCGCCGCCAUCAUUCUGAACGUCUCUUGGUCGAGAUUCUUCUCCAGAACCCCCUCUUCUUACAUUAUUCUUGAAGAUGAAGACGUGAGGGAACCAUGUUUCAAGUUCUUCCAAAUCGAAAUUUCUUCAGGCAGAAGUGGCUCCGAAGCAGACAUUCGAACUUAUUUUCCGUCUUCUGCAGUACUGUAAACGCGAAUGGCUCUGGCACAUCUCCGGAUUUUCGUGGCUUUUCAUUUACUCUGUCAGUAAGUACUCCUUCCGUUCCGUUCCUUCCUCUGAUUCACUUUUUCAGCUCGUAUCUUCGUCCCCUACUAUACCGGUCAAGUGAUCGCCACUGUCGUCGCCACCAAGUCAUACCCGGCCCUUUCGAAUGCGGUCUACAUCAUGACCGUCAUCUCUUUGGUCAGUGCAGUGGCCGCCGGAUUCCGUGGAGGAUCGUUCGAGUACGCGUACGCCAGAAUUCAAAGAUCAAUCCGAUACGACCUGUUCCACGGACUCGUCAAACAGGACGUCGCUUUUUACGAUGCUCACAAGACGGGAGAGAUCACAUCCCGACUGGCCGCCGAUUGCCAGACAAUGUCCGACACCGUGGCUCUGAACGUCAAUGUCUUCCUCAGGUAGCACUGAAAUCAUGAACUCACGAACAAAAUAAUUGAAGAAACUGCGUGAUGCUUCUCGGAUCGAUGAUCUUCAUGAUGAAGCUGUCGUGGAGACUCUCGCUAGUCACGUUCAUUCUCGUUCCGAUCAUCUUCGUUGCUUCCAAAAUCUUCGGAACCUACUACGACGUAUAUUUCCGGCUCCUUCCCCACUCAAUAAUUCAUUUCAGCAUCUCUCCGAACGCACUCAAGACACGAUCGCCGAGUCGAAUGACGUGGCAGAAGAGGUGCUUUCCACAAUGCGCACCGUUCGUUCGUUCGCCUGUGAAAACGUGGAAGCGGAGAGAUUCUAUGGAAAACUGACUCACACUCUCAACGUCACUCGCACCAAGGCCAUCGCGUACAUCGGAUUUCUCUGGGUCUCCGAACUCUUCCAGUCGUUCAUCAUUGUCGCCGUUCUCUGGUACGGAGGCCAUCUCGUGCUCACCCAGAAAAUGAAGGCCGAUCUUCUCGUUUCAUUUCUCCUCUACCAGAUGCAGUUGGGAGACAACCUUCGUCAGAUGGGAGAGGUGUGGACCGGACUGAUGCAAUCCGUCGGAGCCAGCAGGAAGGUGUUCGAGUACAUCGACAGAGAGCCGCAGAUCCAGCAUUUGGGAGAGUACAUGCCGGAGAACGUGGUCGGGAAGAUCGAGUUCAGAAACGUCCACUUCAGCUAUCCGACCCGCUCGGACCAGCCGAUCCUCAGAGAUCUCUCGUUCACUGUCGAGCCGGGAGAGACGGUGGCUCUUGUCGGACCGUCCGGCUCCGGAAAGUCUUCGUGCAUCUCCCUCCUCGAGAAUUUCUACAUUCCGAAUGCGGGUCAAGUGCUGGUGGACGGAGUGCCUUUGGAAGAUUACCAACACCAUUACAUUCACAGAAAGGUCAGAUUCACAGGAGAAGCGCGAAUAAUUGGAAUGUUCAGAUUGCGCUGGUCGGUCAAGAGCCGGUCCUGUUUGCGAGAUCAGUGAUGGAGAAUGUGAGAUACGGAGUGGAAGUGCCCGAUACGGUCAGUUCAUCGUCUCGCUCCUCAUCUCACUCUCGUGUUUUCAGGAGGUCGUUCGAUCGUGUGAAAUGGCGAAUGCUCACGGAUUCAUCAUGCAAACUACUCUCAAAUACGAGACGAACGUCGGAGAGAAAGGAACGCAGAUGUCCGGGGGACAGAAACAGAGAAUCGCCAUCGCGAGAGCGCUCGUCCGAGAGCCGGCCAUUCUUCUUUUGGACGAAGCCACUUCCGCGCUGGAUACGGAGUCGGAGCACGUCGUCCAGGAGGCCAUCUAUAAGAAUUUGGACGGAAAGAGUGUUAUUCUGAUCGCGCACAGACUGUCCACAGUCGAAAAAGCGGAUAAGAUCGUGGUUAUCAAUAAGGUAAGUGCGCUCCAUUGCAGAUAUAGUUAAGGAUUGAAUUGCAGGGAAGAGUGGAACAGAUCGGAACGCACGAGCAACUGCUCAAGGAGACGAACGGAACGUACGCGAAGUUGGUGCAGAGACAGAUGAUGGGCGAGCAGAAGGGACGGAAGAAGGCCGCAGUGGUCCGAUCCGGCCCAAGACCAGCCACCUCUAUCAACGUGGCAGGGCCUUCUCAAGGGAACGCCAUGUCCUUGCUCUCGACCUCUUUCAGCCAAUCGGCCAGCAGCGUCACCUCCCAUUGA